AACUCUUGACUGGAGAAUGUCCAUUUGAUACUCUACUGUGAAAAGGUCACGCUAGAGGGAUAGUAUCGCCACCCGUAAUCGCCACCGCGCCUGGCCGAUUACGAUUCGUGGCGAUGACGUUUUCUCCGUGUCUUUGCCUGCGAAAUUUACGCAUAUAAGAGAACAGGUAUGUCAACAUCACAGUUUGAGGAUAGCGGUACUAGUAUUUCAAAACUAAUGGCCGGUGCUUUGCUAAUGGACACAGCGUGCGACCUUCCUUCCUUCUGGCCCUCUGAAAGUUUUCCGGGAUCGACACAAUCUUCGCAAAUCGUCAAGAUGGAGAAGGAUGGAUUUGCACCAAACAGCAUUGAUUGUUGGCCAUUACCUGGGCAACAGACGCCUGCUGAUUUUCACCACAGUGGAGGCUUUCAACAUGUUUCACAACACAACGGCUUUAACCCAGUCUCGAACGGCAGCAUAAACGGAAAUAAUACGUAUGGACAAAAUUAUGGGAAUAGUCAUUUUAAGCCCCCACAAGAUCAGUUUCGCAAAAGAUAUGGAAACUAUUCCAACGAACAGUACCCUGACACUAACAUAGCCCUAAAGGCUGAAACCGAGGAAAGCAAAUGGAACAACUGUGCGAUGAACACUCAACCAAAUUUAUUUGAACCAAUACGAAGUGGCAAUGGAAAACCCGUUUCUUUAAAAGAGGGCCCCUAUUCACCACCGUCUUUCAAAAUGCGAGAUCGGACUCCCCAUAAGUUAAGUCCGAGUAUGGACUCCGAGCGGAAGUUACUUGGUGACUAUGUGGAGUCUGAUAGCGACUCUAAAACAAGCGACAGUCAACCCACAACGCUUCCAGACUGGACCGGAAGUAGUCCGACAUCAGAUAUCAACGUGGAUCAGAUGAUAACAAGCGGGGUUACCGUGGCCGGUUACAAGCCAAGGAAACUCAUCUGCAAGAGGAAAAAGUCCACGGUCCCUUCCGAUAUGAAGGACCCAAGCUAUUGGGAAAAGAGAAAGAAAAACAAUGAUUCAGCCCGAAGGUCGCGAGAGGCCAAGAAGGAGAAGGAAAGGAAUUUCUAUAAGCGUGCUUUGGAACUUGAGUAUGAAAAUCAUUAUUUAAAAGAAAGAGUUGCAUUUUUAGAGAGAAAGCUAGAGGCAGUUAUGAAACAAAAUUCCAAUUAUCCUGGCCCUGAAACGCAAACGGUACCCCCACCACCGCACAACAUGUAGCAGACAGAUUUUUCCUCAUCAGUUUCGCAUUAUUCUUGUAUUGGACAGUAUUGCAGUUGUAGUGAAAUUAUUUUUUCACAUUUAGAUUUUUUCUAUUUCAAAAUUCACAAAAUUUACCAAAAUGUAAUAUUGUAAUAGUAUACUAGUUUGUUGUAAAAUUUGUUUAUUGUUCAAAGUUUAGCAUCUACCAAUACCAAAGAACUAGUUCAAAAGUCGAGUCAGUUGUUGUGUACACAUAAUUUGCGUUGUAAUGGUUUUGUUCAAUGGAAAUGGUGUAUUCCUUUAAAAAUGCCCAUUCUUCCUCUGUAACUUACCUUUCUCUUUUGGUUUGAAUUUUUACAUCACUUAAGUAGCUGUGUUUGGAGUUUUGCUUAUUUUAAAAACACACUUAACUUUUGUGGGGAUGAGGGUUUUUUUUUUUGAAAUACUUUACCAAAUUGUUUUAUUUAGGAAGAUCAGAUUAUUUUCUACCCUUUCCAACAUGGGUCAUAGCAAAUUUUAACGAAAAAAAAACAAUUAAAAGAAUUACCCAUUGUGUAUUCUUCUAAGAAGUAUCUUACGGAAAAGGUCAGCGUUUCGGCAGUCUAUUUUAAUAUGCAAACUCCGUUAGUCUUUUUAAAGUAUGAAUUAUGAUGUUGUUAACUUUGUUUGUGCCUUUGAUGAUUCAGCAUCUAAACCUGAUUUUUAUUUGUUUGGUCUUGCUUAUACAUGUACUUACUUCUGGUACAGAAGGGUUUUGGUCAAAGUACCUUAAAUAUGUGUUCUACGUCAGUAUUUGUGUUGGUCCUGGAAAUUGUCGUCAUGCUUUUUAAAGUGUUCACGCUAAGAACCGGUGAUGUUUGGGACAAUCUGGUCAGCUUUUUGAGUACAUUUUUGUCCUGUUUUCCGUUGGCUCCAAGAGCAGUUAUGUCUCUCAAUAUAUAAGGUGAUAUUUUUCUAUAUCACCUACAUACACAAUCUGUAAAUACACACACUUUUUCACACUCCAUCUUUUAAUACCGUUUUAUAGACAUAGAGGUUUGUAACAUGCUAAAGACCAAGCUGAAUGAUUGUCAGAAAACGGAGUUCUUCACGUUAUGUUACAUACCCCUUUGUUGGAAUGCCCUGUAAAAUCGCUUUUAUCUGUAGCCAAUAGUUAGAAAAAUCAUUACAUGCUUGUUUUUGGAAAUGGUGUGCGUAACAUUUUAUCCCAUACAUUUUUUUUUCAAAUGGUUGUUAUCAAAGAUGUCUUAAUGUUUUACUUUUGUGUAAAUCUUUGUCCAGGUAGUGAAUAUGCUAAAUAUGUGGCGUAAAACGCCUUAUAUCCAAAUCUUUUUGAUAUAGUGUAUUGUUAGAAAUAUAUAUAAUCCUUAUAUAUAGUUUACUUGUAUGUAUUGGUAAGACCAUUGUAUCUAUACUUAUUUGCCUGGGCUAGCAUUGAUUGUCUUUUUUAGAACAUUGUUUUUAACCAUCAAAUUAAUGACACCCAAAAAAAAUCUGUCCACUGUGUUGGCAUAAUGCUAUUUCAUGAAAAAAUAUAUUGACGUAACAAUAUCUUUUUUUCCCUCAAAAUAGUAUAUGACAAUGCAGAGGAAAUACUGGUGCCAUAAGCAGGGUCGUUGAACUGACCCUAUAUUCACUGGUAUCAAAUAUCAGAAUAUGGAAUAAAAAUUGAGGACAACAUUGAACCUUGUACAUGUAAAAACCACGAGAUUUUCUAUAGUAUUUGUUUGUCUUACUACGAAAUGCUUAAAGCAUUAAGUUAUAUCGCUGUUGCGGCGCUUCAUCCAAAAAGUCAGUAUUUACUGCCAAUAUUCUUGUUAAUUAUUUUUUUCCUUUUCAGCAUAAUAUUGUGUGAUAGAAUCAUAUAUGAAGAUAUGCCGGUGUUUUACACCGUGGACUUUAUUUGUAUGACAUUGCAAUUUUAUGAAUAUGCAACGAUAGUUACUGACUUGAUUUUUUUUAAUCAAUAUGAUUAUAGUAAACUUUUCGUAAUAGCAGACAUUCCUCAAAACACUAAUUAAUUAAGAAAUGACCACUACCUUAAUGGGUUAGCUUAAACGUUUUUAAAACUUAAAGAAGUACAAUUCCGUUAUGCUUAAAACGUGAACAAAAUAUUCUACAAAAUUGCCCUUUUAUCACUUCUCUGUUAUUUUUUUUUCUCGGUAAAGAUUCUGGGUCUUUUGAAACGGAACAGUGUUAAGUAGUUCACAUUAAAACUUUGUUUUUUUUUAAUGCCACGUGUACUGAUUAAUGGCGGAAGUUAUACUGUGUUUUAUUAAUUACUUUGUUUCAAUUAUUGAAAGGUUGCUUAAAAUUCUGUCAUAAUUGUAACAUAUUUGACAUGGUACUGCAUAACUUUAUCAGGCAAUGUAAGCCAGAACUACAUGUAAUUGCUGUUUUUUCUUCUCCUGUGGAAUAUGUACCGAUUUCUCUAUUAUUCCAUGACCAUGAAACAAAAACCUAUUAUAUGAACCUUUUUCUUUUAUCAUCUCUCUGCAAAUAACAUUUCCGUUUCUUUUCUCCUGCCAUGAUGAGGAAUCAGAGCUCAUUUUUGAAGACUGAAAUAUCAAAGUACAUGUAUAUAUUUUUUUUCUGGAAAUAUUAAUGUUUCUUAAAAUUUGAACUAAAAAGGUUGCCAAUCAUCAUGUUUGUGGCGUUUUGAACACUAAUGGAUAUAGGUGCUAUAUUAAGUAUCAUUAAAACUGCAAUGUUUAAUCAGUGUUGUGCAUAUAAUUAAGAUUGUGUUUAUUAAUUAGAUUUGAAUCCAAUUAUAUUAUUUCUUAUGCACUGCAAUAUGCUUACAUGAUAGGGGUUGUUCCAUUAUGCAUAAUCUGUACUUCUGCAACCAUACAAUUUUUUAAGUCUCCUCCCCCACCCACCCCAAGAUAUAUUUUUAACAUUGUUUUUAAUUAAUUUAAUAGAAAUAAGUAGUAUCGAUUGUCUGUAAGAUGCUGAAAACCACGGACAAGGAGUAUUAAAAACAAUGCGUCUUGAAGAUCCUAGAAGAAAAACUUAUUUGGAUAAAUUGAGGAAUUUUAGAAAUUUUCUAGCGUAAAAAGAAUAUUGGUAUAUUGUAAGAUGCUAUUUUUAGAAAGACACUAAUCACUGUUGUCAACAUCACGGCGGCACCAGCUUGUUGAUUUUUAAUGACUACCACCCAAAUUUUAGUUGUUGAAAAUGUCACAGUGACAGGGUAAAAUUGCAAUUGAAUUUUCCUUUGUCAAAAGGCAACAUAUCAUUUUUCCAACAUACGUAAAGGCUGUCAUGCGUGGAUAGGCUAUGAUUGCUUGUAUCUAUUUUUUUUAAACUUCAAACAAUAACAUAAUUAAUAUUAUAAUUGCGAGUAUGAUCUCUGUUAUUAACAUAUUUGUAUGAUAAUAACGAUAUCACUUCCCCCCACUUUGUAUGUUUGCAGUUGUAUGAUAAUACACAUUGAGAUUUUGUUGUUACAAGUGCUUAAACUCGUUAUAAGACUGAAGUGUUUAUUUUAAAAUUUGUCUUAAUGUAAUUGUACUUUGUCACAAUACUUGAUCUUUUAACGAUUUUGUUAAUCUGUAGAAUUUUAUCCAUUUUGCCAAAGUCCAAGAAAUGUCUUAAUAUUAUCCAAAGAAACAAGUAUAGAAACAUAUAUAAUUGGUAAUGAGACUUGAAAUUCGUAGGUCAAAAUUCACUCAUUUUCAUGGUAAAAAAAUAAAAAUAUGGCAAGAUUUUUAGUGCGUGGGAACUAUGUUAAGAUAUUUGAUUCUUCUUUUGGAAUUUCAUUUUCCAGAUAUUUCAGAUUAAAAUGAAGAGUAGGAGGAAACGGAACUAUAGAAAAUAAAAUUCACGAUUUCAUUAUGCCCUAAACCCGUUGACACCAGAAACAAUAAAGAGAUUGUCAAAGAUAAAAUCCCCCAUAUUGCACGAUAUGACUACGACGAAAUUCACUUCCCUUUUAUUUUUAUUUAUUUUUUUAUUUUUUUGAAUAGAUUUCGAGAUAUAUAUCUGAAGUAUACCACGGAAUGAUUUUAUAAGCGAAAUCCACUGGGAAAGAAUUCCUUUUUUUUUUUUUUUUUUUUUGCAACUUCCAAGAAAUUCUAUACUACAUACCUAUACAACUGGACACUAUAAUUUGUUUCAUAGUUGAAUAGAUACAACAAAGUCAUUAAAAUUCAAAAAGUUGUACAAGCCCAUCUUUAAAUAAUUUUAUUCCUUGGAUUUCAAUACACUGAUCGGUCUUCUGUCAUCUCUGCUAAAAUAAAACAUCCAAGAAAACCUGGAUUUUUUUUUUUUCGUCCACUGAUUCACUUCCCUUGAUGUGCUGUGACAUGAUUCGUUAGAGAUAGCGGAAUGUUUGCUUGCUUUGUUUAUCAUAUACACGUGACACAGAAUUUUAAGAUUUAUUUCGCAAUAUUAUGACUUUUUCCUUGUCUUUAUUUGUGAACACAUGGAUUUUUAAUAUUUAGAUAAUCAAGGAGAAUUUUGUCAAUAUUGUUCUUUUUGUGAUUCAGAUGUUUCGGCUUUGUAAAAAUGUGGUAUAUUUUCAAUUUGUCUGUUAUAUAUAAUCAACUUAACAAACAACGAAUCUUUGAACCAACCAUUCGAAUUCAGAAGUUCUUAAAAUUCCCGUCUCUCUGGUUUUUUGUUAUUAGUAAAUGUUGCGAAAUUCUUCUUAGGUUAUCCGGAUUUUAUGUAACUAUUUUCUCUCUAUCUUGUGCUUUCAAUAUAUUGUGUAGCUUUGUUUCAUGGAAUUUAGAGAUCUAAAAUUAGAUAUAGAAUAUCGUUAUCAUGUGUAUGAUCUCUGAUUUUUUCCAAUUUGAGAAUAAAUGUUAAACAAAAAUA